AUGUUGCAAGCUACGUUGAGAGGGACACUACGCGGGAGAUGCGGUGCUGUUGCCGCCGUUUCAGGGAGAAGGCUGUUCAGUCGGGGAGCCGUGUGCAGGGCGGACCUGGUGCAGGAGUUGUACCUCCGUGAGUUGCGUGCUGUGACACAGCAGCUGGACCGUGCCGCGCUGGCGUCGCCGGAGGGGUCUGUUGUCGAGUGGAGUGCCCCGGGGAGACCAGCGGCCCCCGCGGUGGAGGCGGCGGAUGCGGCUCUGUUGCAACAGUACAGGGACACGAAGAUCGACGUCACGGGUGCGGUCACUAGCCAGAGCGCAGAACAACAGCCACAGCAAGAAACUGAAGAAGACUGGCUGGUCAUUGGCGACGCAAGGGACGACACAGCAGACAACCACCACUGA